AUGGCACAAGAGCCCCAGCUGGCCUACAGUCCAGCCAAGGCAUCCAACGUCCUCGCCCAGACGACGGCCUUUCACGCCAGCCCAGAAGCCUUCAUAGCAUCCUGCGUCCGCGACUUUCACACUCACGCCCCCGACGUCGUCAAGUCGCGGACGGCCGUCCACGCCAAGGUUCUCAACAGAAAUGUAGCCGUCAUCUCGUCGCAUGCCCAGGUCAAGCAUAUCCUCGCACGGCCUGACACCAACGAGGCGGGCGGUCCCUCACUCGUGGCCACGGGCGCCUAUAAGCAGUUCCUCGCGGAUUUCUUCCCUGGACCUAAUCUGCUGCUCUCGGACGGUGUCGCUCAUGCCGGCAUGCGUGAGGCGUGGUUGCGGCGGAUGGAGGGCCAGGAGGCGCGCAUGCGUCCGUUUAUCCGGCAGGCGGCGACGGAGCACUUUCAGGGCCUCGCCGGAUCGCGGAUUGAUCUCUACGAGUCGCUCAAGUCGCUCGCCUGGAAGAUUGCGAUGCGAACGUUUCUCCAGCUCGACGAGAAGGAAGCCCUGUUUGGAGAGAUCCAAAAGCUCCAGGAGGAUCUACUCAGGGGACAGUUCAGCCUCUUCCCCGUAUCCGUCAAUCUGGGGCUCUGGCAGUCCCCUCGCAGUAGAGGGAUCGCCGCCAGGAACAAGCUGCGAGAGCUAAUCUCAAAGCGGAUGCAGCCUUUGCUACAGGGUGGCUGCCCCUUUCGCGCCAUGUCCGACAAGGGACUCACAGCCGAUGAGCGGAACGAGGUGGUCAACCACGUACUCAUGUUCACCUCGAGCCUGGCUGUCAAAGGUAUCGCCUCUCUCCUCGCUGCGUAUCUGCUUGAUGUCUUUCUCUACGAAAAGGAUGACGUGCGGCUGCUGGACAAGAUUCAAGUCCUUCGAGGGAACGAACGAGCUGCCAUGCUGCGCAGCCUCGCGCGCGAGACGGAGCGGCUGAGUCCGCCUAUCGUGGGCAUCAUGCGCAGGGUGACACGUGAAAUUGUCGUACCCUCAGGGAACACUGAUGCGCCUGACGUCCUUGUUCCCGAGGGCUGGGACGCAUGGCUCUACUUUGUUGGCGCUGGGCGUGAUCCAGCUGUGUUUGGCGAAGACGCGGCUGCCUUUGUCCCAGACAGGUUCGUGGAUGCCGCGCAGGACAAACCGUCAGGACUUGCGUUCUCUGCACACGGCAAGGCGUGCUUGGGCCAGGACUUUGUUAGAGAAAUAUGUAUAGGCGUAGUAGAGGCCAUGCUGGACAAUGGGCUGAGCUUGGAUGGCGAGAUCACGGCCAAAGGCGUGAGAGACUGGCUUGGAUGGGAGGCGGGAGCUACUGGUGAGGGCGAGGCUGCCCCGGAGGACUGGGCGAGGGACAUGAAGCAACUGCCUACCCAGCGGCCUGCAAAGCCAGUUGUGGUGACUGUUUGUGCCAGCGAGUCUCCGCUUCAGCUGGCGUCGUUUCUGAUCCUUGACAACUUGAACCGGCACGGAACAGCCAGCAUCAGGCCGACCACCACACGACCCAACAUGCCCCAGCGAACAGUCUACGUCCUCUACAAUGCCGACGCAUCCGUCAUGGGCAAGCUACGGUACGGAUACCAGAAGAUGACCUGCCCCAAAGACAGCGAGCAGGUCUGCGCGGCAUGUGACAUUACCCACGGCGGCCUAUCGCUCAAAGAGACGCCGUCCUGGGUCGCUGUCAAGAAGGAGAUUGAGUCGACCCCGGAUGUUCGGGUGAUCCAAUGGCACCGCGACGAGCUGUCGCCCGAGGUCAAGUCAUUCGUGGAGACGGAGAAGCUUGCGUAUCCCGUCGUGCUGUGCGAGUCGGAUGGAAAGCUGCAAGUGAUCAUGGACAGGUCCGAGCUGGGCAAGUGCAACGGCGAUGCGCAAUUGUUCCUACAGGAGCUCAAGGCGAAGAAUGUGCUGUGA